AUGUCUGCAUCUAUUGAAUUUCGUUUAUUUGCACCACGUAUUGAACGUGCCUUUCUUACUGGUUCAUUCAAUUCAUGGCAAGAUAUUGAAAUGUUUAAAGACAAUAUAACUGGUGAAUUUUCCACGAAAAUUGAUCUUGAUGAUGGUGAAUAUACAUAUAAAUUUCGUAUAUUAUCUCGAAGUGAACCAAAUCAAAUGAUUGAUAUUAUUGAUCCAUAUGCAACAAGAGUUGAAGAUGAUGAAAAAGGUGCAAUUUUAAUGAUUAAGAAUGGCAAAAAAGUAAAUGGAAAUGAAUAUAUAUGGAAAUAUGAUGGAAAGAGUUUACCUGAAAAUCGAGAUUUAAUUAUAUAUGAAAUUUUUAUUGCUGAUUUUACUGAAGAAGGUACAUUUCGUUCGGCAAUAACGAAAUUAGAUUAUCUGGCAUAUGAGUUAGGUAUUAAUUGUAUUCAAUUAAUGCCUAUUCAAGGUUUUCUUCUUGAUCAUGAUUGGGGUUAUACAAUACGACAUUAUUUCUCUGUUGAAUCAUCUUAUGGUUCAUCAGAAGAUUUAAAAUCUUUUAUUGAUGAAUGUCAUUCACGUGGUAUACGUGUUAUGAUGGAUACUGUUAUUAAUCAUUCUCAUACCGAAUGUCCUUUAAAUAAAAUUGAUCCAAAAUAUUGGUAUUAUGACGCUUGUCAUUAUUAUCCGGAGCAUCCUGAAGAAGUUUGGGGACCUGAAUUUAAUCAUAAUUUUCAAGAUGAACAACAUGGAAAUAUAAAACCAGCUAUGAAAUUUAUUGAAGAUGUUAUUAAAUUUUAG